AGCACAGUUUUACAUUCUUCAACAAACGAGCAAUGUGUAAUGUGCAUUCUUAACUUUAAAGUUUUUAGUUAUUAAAAUUAACUCUCCUUGCGAAGUGUGAUUUAAUUAUUAUAUAGUUUCGAACUGGACCCUAAACCAUACUAACGCUAAUUUCGACAGUAUCCGAUAAUUUUUAAGUUUAGUUUUGUUUAUGUUCUGGUUUGAACUUUUCUUGUGAGAAGUAAAUAAUGCAAGGGACAAAAAUAUUAAGAUGUGUAAGACGAUGUGUUCGCAGGGACUUAUCCUUAACCCAAAGCGGGCGGCGAGCGCUGGCCACGGAGGCCGCGCGGCCGGACGCGAGCCGCGGUGCGCGCCAGAGCGCUUCCUUCACGCUGAACCUGUUCCGCGGCCACGUGGAGCCGGCGCAGGUGUUCCCCUUCCCCGAGCCCCUCACCGAGGACCAGCGCCAGACCUUGGCCGAGCUUGUCCCACCAGUUGAGAAAUUUUUCGAGGAGGUGAACGACCCGGCCAAGAACGACGCGGAAGCGCAGAUCGAGGCGGGCACGCUGUCGGGGCUGUGGGAGCUGGGCGCCAAAUCAUAA